CUUCACGCCUGGGCUAGGUUUUUGUUGAGGAGGCCGCGGAGGCCAUUCUAGGCACUGGGGGAUUAUCAUAACAUUUGAACGAGCCGUACAAAACAAUGGCAUCGGUGCGGUGAGUUGGUCAUUGCUAGGGAACUCCCGCGUCAAGGAUAGCUGUCACCUGACGACCUUGUUGUAGAUUAUAGGAUUUGUACGCGCACCAUUCCAAACUCGUCUCAUUCUCAUCAACAGUUCCGUGCUCCCGUGGACUGUUUUCUUCAAAUCAAUGGCAAGAGCGAUUUGUUUAUACUUAACAUAAUCUUGGAACAGCCAGAAAAGCGAGACAGAGGAAUUCGACGUUCAGCUGCGAUAGGAACAUAUUCAAAAACGGAUUAACAUUUUGUUAUCGAAAAUCUGGAUAUUUCUUUGUUGUUUGGAUUAUAAUAAGACUGGAAUAUUCAAGCCAUCGGAGGAAGUAAAACUAAAUAUCUUUUUAGUCACAUCGUUCGUGUAACGACAGAGAGCGAUUUUUUUAAUCAAGUAUCUUAUUUGUAGGCGAUCAAUUUUAUUAUUGUCAGGACCAGGACUAGGAGAGUGGAAAAUUCUCUCAGAACAACGGGUAGGUUAAAUAAGCGAUACGGUAACACAAGUAAAUAUCGAUUUACUCUCAGUCAUCAUCGCAGUCUGUUUGAUUUGACACGGGCGUCCACAAAGUAUGCCUGGGAGUCUAUAAUACAUCCGCCGGCAGCCACCACACCACGAAGAGGUACAACGAUAUCGGUCCUACGACAUCGUGUGGCACGUCAGACACGCACACGUCGGGGCAUGUUUAUCUACUGUCAGCAGAAGAUGUUUGAUGAAUGAAGUGACAUCUCACACAAGACCACCCCCCGAGGCCGUGAAUCUCGUCAAGACACGGUACCCCCCGGGCCGUCGGCCGAGGCGAACAUAAAGUAGUUCUUUUUUUCUUUUCUUUUUUUUUUAAACUUUUCCUACUACGAGAAAGUAGCUUGAAACCCAGGAUUGCUACUCAACCCGUUGAAAACUGUUGAUAUUCACAGCUCAGCAACAACCUCUUCAACAAAAAAUCCAGUCGCUGUCGGUUUUAUCAAGGACAACACUUAUCAGAUAUUCCAGCAGAGUCUAGGCAAGGGUUUAGUGAGCAUUGUAAACAUCUUUUACAAACACCCAACGCCGAGCAGAGUCUCUGUCCUCGGUAAUUAAAAACCCUCGCCGUUCGGUUGGUAAAAGCUUGCCUGGAAAACGUUAAACAGGAAACCAGGGGUCUACGUAGCGUCAGCAAAGUGAGACAGCGGGAAACCGAGCCAGGUCACAUCCCAUGUCAAAACAGUAGCGAAACUGUCGGGGUCAUUGGAUGGAGUGGUGCUUGGAUGCACAAUGCUUGCAUUCAUUCUAAUAACUGCAGUUUCGGGUCAGUUUGGCACCAGUGAUAAAACGUGUUCAACUCAUCAGCACCAGUUUUAAACAGCAGAACAAAACCAAAAGAAUUGGAGCUGUGGCCAGUAUUUACAGCCAUAACAAGAAAAAAACAAAAAUAUAGCGAAUUUAAAGCAGUUGUUUUUUUCAAGUUCAUUAAAUUGCUUGGAAUUCUAAGAAAGAAAAGAAUACCAGCAACGAACGGGUUCUAAUAGGGUAUUUGAGAAUCGAACUGUAAGGGGAUUACUCCACAAGCCAUACACUGGUUACUUGGAGCGUACCACUUACCAGGUAAAAAGUUGGAAGUAAACGCAAGCGGUCUGGUGGAAAAAAAGUAAGUCCGUCAUUUGAGACUACAACACCAUCAAACUGCAGGUCCCCAUCCACACGUUCCUAGAGGUGCCGCCGUCCUCGUCCAAGCUGUAUCCGCCAGUGUACUCACCGUCCACCAUGCUGCUAGAAGGCACGUCCCCGGACAUGAUGUCGGCCCAGUCCAAGCUCCUGUUCCAGAUCAACAAGUACUACAACGAGAGGGUGCACGCCCGCAAGGCCAACAUCAACAAGACCACCAGGGAGGUGUGCAAGGUGGUGCAGGACGUGCUCAAGGAGGUGGAGGUUCAGGAGCCCAGAUUUAUCAGGUAAAUAGACUCAUAACUGGUCACGCGAAUGGUUUAGCACGCACGUUGAAGGAUACAUUUAUAAGUUCGUAUGCGGUCUACCACGCAUUUCUGCUGAAAUGAAAUUUUUCUAAUUCAAAGUAGAAAAGAUGACUUAUAAUGAACAAUACCAUUCUCAAUGGGACAUUCAUACAUUGAUCAUGUAAACAUUUCAAAAAAAAUUCCAGCUUGCCAUGAAUGGGCAGAAUAUCAAGUUAUAUUUGAAAGACUCCGCCAUGAUCUGUUGUCUGUUAGGUUGGGAAUAAUGCAAUUGAGAGACCAAGAAUAUUCAACGCUGAUGGUGUUAAUAAAACAAAAUGUUCAAAUCCACAUAUAAGUCCUAUAAUGUCCAUUUAUACACUGUGUCCGGAUAAAAAGGGGAACCCUUUUUAUAAUGAUGUAAACCAACGGUAAAUAUUUAUUAAUUUUUUAAACUCCAAAACUCGAACAUAAUGUUAAAUGGUAUCAAACUUUAGUUUGUGCUCGAAUUUCCGUGUCCACCAUUAGCUUCAACACAGGCUUCAUGACACGCUCUCCAUUCACCAAUGUUCAUCUAUUUUCCGGACAUAGUGUAUACGUGCCUGCACACACAAAUACACACACUUUUUAAAAAUGCAUUUUUAAAUAUUAAAUUGUCGAGAUCUGUUUUGAAAACUUCAUUAUAUUUAUAAUGACUUAAUUACGUCACCACCAAGAAAGUCUGAAGUCAAUAUAAAUAAAUAUGUAACAUGAUUGGAAAUAAGGGCUUUAUGACUUAUUUUAACGGCAACUAACUGCCGUGGGUACCGACCAAUGGUUUAUUGACUUGUCAACAGUUGCAGUGUAGAACCAUUGACGACAUGUCCAACGUGUACUCUUGGCCUGGUGGUGGCAAGUUUAUACCGACACGGCCGCUCAGUGCAUCCCUAAAUCAAUGGCCACUGGCCACAGGUGUUGACUGAGAACCGGGCCACUUGCCGUCUUGGCCAUCAGAGGGACAUCUUUAUUGGCCAGAAGACACCUAUACACCUUCUUUAAGCAAAUUAAAGUUCGAUUUCAUCGUCAAAGUUACUUAAAUAGCCAUGGCACGUACUGUUAGCUUGUAACGGGGAAGAUUUAGUGCACACCUGUGUCUAAUAGAAAGGUUAAUACCAACGCCAUCAGCCACACACAAAUUAUAUUUAUGCCACUAUAGCUCUUCAUUAUGUUCUAUCAUAACUUAAAAACAAUAAAUAAUCCCACAUCCCAUAAGUGAAAAAAAAAAAAAAACCCAAAACCCAAAAAGUUUUGGGGGGGGGGGGGGGUAAAAAAAAAUCUCAUCGGCGCCAUUGAGCAAAGUAUUGUCCUAUCGAGGCAUUUAAAGUGAAUAUUAAACAAGUGAUUUUUGUCAAUGACUUUAAGCGUCCCAUUACCAUCACAGUUUCCCCCCGAGACAUGCAUUGCAUAUAUAUAACGCAACAGUAGACGUUUGACAGUCUAGCCCGUUUCCUUUCCGUGUCAAAUGAAUGCAGAUGUAACCAUAACUUAUACCCAUGAGAGAUCGAUACAAAAAUGUCUGUAGACUGUUACACAACGUAUCUGUAGUAAUUAAAGUAAAUUAGUUAAAAAUUAAGAAUAGAAUACAUUAGAAAUUAAAAUUUGGUAUAUCAGUGGACUUCAUCAGACUUAAUUUCUGAGUAGCCUUACUUCAUAGCCAGGACUGAAUUUGUUAACUGCGGUCUCUACGUCCAGGGAGAGUGUUGUUCAAUUUGUUAAUCAUUAAAAUGAAAACAUGAAACGCUAUAUCAAUAAAUUAAGAAGUGCUUAUUGUAUGCUGCAAACUAUCUUUGAUGACAAGGAUCUAGAGAAGAUUUAUCAAGGAUCUGACAAGUAUCUAGAGAAGAUUUAUCAAGGAUCUGACAAGUAUCUAGAGAAGAUUUAUCAAGGAUCUGACAAGUAUCUAGAGAAGAUUUAUCAAGGAUCUAUCUACUUUAGAGGAUAGACAUAUGUUACAGUUUAAAUGCAUGAAGAUUAUUAUUUUUUUAGUACAGCUAGUUUAAACUUUUUAAUAAUGUAGAAAUCUCUUCAAGAUCUCUUGAUCGCUUCAUUUCGCAACUUAAUCAUAUUUCGUAUGUGGCCGUUCAAAACAUUUUACUUUGUACAUAAGCAGGAAUUUUAUGAAAAAACAACUCUACUCAUAUCUCUUAACCAAUAACCCAAUUUAUUUGUCUGUUGCCAGCUCUCUGACGGAGGUCAACAUGCGCUACGAGGGCGUGGAGGUGAUCUCACCCACCGAGUUCGAGGUUGUGCUCUACCUCAACCAGAUGGGCGUCUUCAACUUCGUCGACGACGGCACCAUCCCCGGCUGCGCCGUGCUCAAACUCUCCGACGGCAGGAAGAGGUCCAUGUCCUUAUGGGUGGAGUUCAUCACGGCCUCGGGAUACCUUAGCGCGCGGAAGAUACGCUCCCGGUUUCAAACGUUGGUCGCCCAGGCUGUGGAUAAGUGCAGCUACAGGGACGUGGUCAAGAUGAUUCCCGACACGACGGAGGUCAAGCUGAGGAUUAAAGAGCGCUACGUCGUCCAGAUCACGCCGGCGUUCCGGUGCGGAGGGAUAUGGUGCCGGUCGGCGGCACACUGGCCCAUACCCCACGUGUCGUGGCCGAAUCCGAACCUGGUGGCCGAGGUGAAGACGGAGGGCUUCGACCUGCUGUCCAAAGAGAGCAUCUACAUGAAGGACAAGCAGUCGGCCGCGGAGGGUGACGCCUGGGUCAUGUCCUUCCGAUACGCCGAGGACCGCCUGCUCUACGGUGGCUGCCGGAGGAGAUGUCUCAGCAUCCUGAAGACGCUCCGAGACCGCCAUCUGGAUAUCCCCGGCCAGCCUAUCCUCAACUACCACAUGAAGACGCUGCUGCUGUACGAGUGCGAGAAGCACCCUCGAGAGAUCGAGUGGGACGACACGUGCAUCGGCGACCGCAUCAACGGCAUCCUCCUCCAGCUGAUCUCCUGCCUGCAAAACAGGCGCUGUCCGCAGUACUUUCUGCCGACCGUUGAUCUCUUCAAGGGCAAGUCCGCCGCCGCUAUGGACAACGUGGCCAAACAGGUGUGGAGGCUGGUCAGGGAGCUGCUGACGAACCCCAGGAGUUUCGAAGCCCUCUAAGAUCUCGUAAGUUGUGUUAUACUCCUGAUUCUCGUUUCAACUCGUAAACACGAAAAUCGACCUGCCCAUGACAUCGGCGUUAUGAGGGGGACGGCCAAGCCAUAAACGUGAUGAUAUUACUUAUGGUGGUAGACGACACGGAUAACGUUGGAGAGAUCUGACAGCCCACGAACGUACAGCGGUAAAAAUGGUAUGUCAUAAACAUAAAUUAAAACUGACAGUCCAUUAGAUGUGUAGCGGAUGGCAAGGUAUUAGUUGAAUUAAGAGCGGCACCGGGGGGCACACCGAUUGUAAUAUAUUCUAUGAGGUCCCCGUGUGCUGGUCUGCCGCCUGCCCCGGUACGUGCACUGUCUAGUAAUUUCACCAGACAUGAAUACUGAGCAUUCUAUCAUUUGUCUUUGAUUAUUUAUGCAUUGAAUCAAACCCAACACACACAUCCACAUACAGUACAAAUAACACAACAUUAAUGCGACUAUGGCCUUUGUGAAACAUUAAAAAAAAAAAAUCACUGUUCAUAUCAGCUCUGUUUAUUUGUUUACAUUGGCUAAACUUGGGUUUUUAAAUUUUAUUUUAAUUUAAUUUUUUUUUUCUUUUACUGAACUUUCGGUGCAGAUUGCUUUCUUUUAUGUUCAUUUCAGUAAAAUAUUUAUACAAAUCAGAAGUUUUGUUAUGAGGUUCCAUAGCAUCGAUCAUUGAAAUCUGAUCGGAAAUUUGGUACAUUUGCGUCAACGUUAGGUUGUGUUUAUUUAUGAAAAAACGUGGAAAACACGGUACACGUGAUACUUUCAAGGUUGGUGCACAAACAACAACAACAACAACAACAUACAACAGUCGUGUACAUCAUGUCAAUUUGUCAAUCUGUUGCAUCACUGUUUAAUUUAUAUUAUAAUUAUACCCAUAUUAUUUCAUUUAUGAUGCUUUAUUUUAUUUUGAUUUAUAAAUAAAUCUUCUCGUGAAAUCAACACUGACUUGAUGGCGUUCAGACUGGUAGUGAUGCAGAAGAGGGAUUACAUGAGAGAGAGAGGCAUAACGAAAUAUGGACGCAUUUUACUUAAGAUAUAAGUUAAAGUUGGCUUUGGUACACACCACAGCAGAUGGGCGCACUUAAAUAGGUUAGUUAAUCUGGUUUAUACAGUGGUUUAGUAACACAUCAAAUUAAUGCACUUCAAAC